CUCUGCUGUCUUCACUUGGGGGAGUGGAACUGAUACGAGAAUCCCGCCUACCUCUAUCUCUGUAUUCUUAACUCAACGCCUCUCUACAUAGGCAUCUGAGGUGCUCCACCAUGCCCCGAGAACCAAGCCCCGAUAUCGAGGAUGAUGCCCUCCAGGGAACCUAUAACCCGCUGGCCAACCCUCUGAAUGUCAAGCCAGUGCACGUCACUGGCAACCUCCUCGCCUCUGACCGUCCUCUCUUCCUCUCCCGCCCUCUCCUGGGCACCCUCGUCCUCGACAACAAGGCCUCAGACUGCCGUGACCAUUGCGCCAACGAGCGCACCUUUCUCUCAUGGCUCCGUCUCUCUAUGUAUCUCUGCAUCGUCUCCGGCGCCAUCGUGCUCUCUUUUCACCUCCGUGCUGAACCAUCCCGGCUGGAACGCCGCAUGGCCUUGCCCAUGGGGAUCGUCUUCUGGGUGCUCUCGCUCGUGUGCUUAUCGAACGGCUUUACGAUAUACGUACGGACAUUGACGAAAUACAGCCGUCACAAGGCCCUCGUACAAAGCGGCUGGGGUUCCCACGCCGUCUUCGUGAUUGUGGCAAUUGCCAUAAUCGGCACGUGUGUGAUUCUCUUGAGUGUCAAUCGUACAUCGUGAGAAGGGGUGGCUGCAUACCUCUAAAUCAAACGGAAAAUUCCCCUUUGCCCUCUUUAGCUCUUAAUUUUCAUAAUUAGUCGGCUUUGUGCUUUCUAGGCAAGCUCGUUUCGUAUACCCGGCCCGUCUUUCGUGAUACUUUGGUGUUGUGCUACAUACAACGGUGCCCUGUAUUUGUACGGCGAAUUCUUUUACUGGACACGUAAUUGGUUUCGGGUCUUGACUUUUGGUGUUGCUAUCUUCCUCGCAUAUCUGGGAGUUCUGCACAUUUUGUGGAUGUUAUUCUUUUUGCGGCGACUUUACCUUCGCCAGGGCUACAGCGCGUGUUACUUGGGAAGAAGGAAAGCAUUUGUUUCAAAACGGUAUAAUUCAUUAUUACUAUUCUUCUAUUCAUGGGUUAGAAUGAAAUAACGGUGACCUCGCCACCUUCCCAUGCCCGAAAUG